AUGUCUGAAGAUGGCUACGACGACGACAUGUCCUCCCUCAGCACCUUGUCUGAACUUUCUGAAGACGACUGCGAGGGUGAACUGUUAGAAGUCGUGACCGACGCCAGGCGCGUUUCACGAGCGGCUGCUGUGCUGAAAGGCGAUGAUAAGCGCGACCUUCGCAAGUUGACGAGAGUUCCCCAUCCCAAGACGGCGCUUCUAAGACCCGGCGUUCGGAAUCCAAAGUUGUGCAAAAGUAAGCUGAACAAACGCUUGAUUGACCAAGUCAACCAUGACUUGGAGCAUUGGGCGAAGAAGGCGCCGGUGUACAGACUCGCGGGCGUAUCCCUUGAGGACCUUCAGACUCGCACUAAAAAUGCGCCCAAGGAUAAAGCGCUGGCGCAGAAGAUUAUGGACGAGAUGAGGACAUGGGAGAGCGACGGAGCGUCGGGAAUUUUCGAAGACGAGCUGGGUAAUACGCUCGUCGCGUACUUUGGAAGACGAGUGGACGCCGAGGUUGAGAGCGGUGGAUUGUCGGAGGAUCCUGCACAGAGCGAAGGUAGAAGAGUCUAUUCUGACGGAAUCAAGACGCAGACGCUCGAUAAAGGUCUGGUAGCUACGCAGCUGCUUGUCCACCACACCAAUGUGGAACAUGCUAACCGCGACGGUCGCCACGAUAAGGAGGACUUCCUUAUGAAGUACGCCAAGGACGGCGGUCCCCCUGGCGACACCGUUACUCAACCCGACGAUCGUCAAAGCUUCGCAUUGAAGGGGGUAGAGUACGUAUAUCAAGAUAGUACGUUUACGUCGGAGCUGGCUGGUGUCUUACACCUCGUCCAUGGCUGGCCAGACCAAGCGCAUGACCCUGAGAAGUAUGGGAUUCAUCCGUCUAAAAACAUGGUAUCCGGAGCGCACGGGGCCCCCCAAGUUCAUGCGUACUUCAAGGCUACUGAGACCUUGGCACUACGGCAGUUCGAUGCAGGCAAGUGGACGGUAGUUGAUCCUGGCCCCUUCCUGGGUAGGGUGAUAGUGUGGAAGUUGUCUGUAGGCCCCCAUCAGGAUGGUUUAGACGAAGGCCCCGCCGUUAUAUUCCCAAUGGGCCGUUUCGAGGGCGGAGAGUGUUACCUGCCCGAUUUAAAGCUCAAACUAUCGUGA